AUGCAGGACCAGACUGGUAAAGGUGCCACUUCUGAUCCGGAAGCAAUGGCUGUAGCAGCGGAAGCACACCUCAAUUGGUGGUUUAAACCUCGUAAAGUCACGGUCGUUGUGUUUAACGACUUGCCUAAUGGUGCGAGCUUCAAUAUCCAUUGCAAAUCGGGAGAUGAUGACGUUGGAUUGCAUGUGAUGGGGCCGAACCAGAAGUACCAGUUGAGAUUCGCGCUUUACUUACGGGGAACGACGUUGUUCUUUUGCGGAAUGUCAUGGGCUGGUGGACAUAAGGUGUUUGACAUCUACAGGACCAAAAGGGAUAACAUGCGCAGGUGCAAGAACUACUGCAGGGGACAAGUGACAAAGGAUGACAUCCUAGGAUUCAGGCAAAACCGUCCAGACCCUGACAAUUGA